AGCAGAUUGAGCCAGGCUGUAGGACGGACGCGCGGAGGGAACGCUUAGAAGAGGCAGUCGAGGCUUCCUGAAUAUCCUUUCUGAUCUCCCUGACCAGAAACUCCAGCGGACCAAGAGUUGUUUUGUGCGUUUCUGACUUGCCCCUGUGGACACCCCCCUCCACCAUAAGUGUGUGUGUGUGUGUGUGUGUGUGUGUGUGUGUGUGUGUGUGUAUGCUUAUGCCCGUGAGAGCUGUGUGGGGAUCAGCAGGAGUCCUCUCCUCUCUGUGAAAGGCCCAGACCAGGACAGGUGGUGUGGGGUGGGGUGGUGGGCGUCAGCUGCCUGGGCGUGCAAGGCAAAGCCGCCACCAUGAACGUCACAUCGCUGUUCUCCUUCACCAGCCCGGCCGUGAAGCGGCUGCUGGGCUGGAAGCAGGGGGACGAGGAGGAGAAGUGGGCGGAGAAGGCGGUGGACGCCCUGGUGAAGAAGCUGAAGAAGAAGAAGGGCGCCAUGGAGGAGUUAGAGAAAGCCCUCAGCUGCCCCGGCCAGCCCAGCAGCUGCGUCACCAUUCCACGCUCGCUGGACGGACGCCUCCAGGUGUCCCACCGUAAGGGUCUGCCACAUGUCAUCUACUGCCGUGUGUGGCGCUGGCCUGACCUCCAGUCCCACCAUGAGCUGAAGGCACUGGAGUGCUGCGAGUUCCCAUUCGGUUCCAAGCAGAAGGAUGUCUGUAUCAAUCCCUAUCACUACAAGAGAGUAGACAGUCCAGUGCUGCCCCCUGUGUUGGUACCGCGCACCAGCGAGUUCAACGCCAAGCUGAGUAUGCUGCCUCGCUUUCGGAACCCUUUGCACCAGACUGAGCCUCACAUGCCUCAGAACGCUACCUUCCCCGACUCCUUCCCACAACAGCCACCACAACCACCUGUCAGCAGCCUGCCCUUUGUUCCACACUCGCCCACUAACAGCUACCCGAACUCCCCCGGCAGCAAUGCAGGCAGCGGUGCCACUUUACCACAGUCCCCCUCCAGCACAGACCCUGGCAGCCCCUUCCAGAUGCCAGAAACCCCUCCACCUGCCUACAUGCCACCAGAUGAGCCAAUGACCCAAGACUGUCCUCAGCCAAUGGACACCAACCUGCUGGUUCCCUCUCUGUCUCUUGAGAACAGCAACCGCCCAGACGUACAGCCAGUGGCCUAUGAGGAGCCCAAGCAUUGGUGCAGUAUUGUUUACUAUGAGCUGAAUAACCGUGUGGGCGAGGCCUUCCAGGCAUCUUCUACUAGCGUGCUGGUGGAUGGCUUCACUGACCCCUCCAAUAAUCGCAGCCGCUUCUGCCUGGGCUUGCUCUCAAAUGUCAAUCGCAACUCCACCAUUGAGAACACACGGCGCCACAUUGGCAAAGGCGUGCACCUGUAUUAUGUGGGUGGAGAGGUGUACGCUGAGUGUCUGAGUGACAGCAGCAUCUUUGUGCAGAGCCGUAACUGUAACUACCACCAUGGCUUCCAUCCAACUACGGUCUGUAAGAUCCCUAGUGGCUGCAGCCUCAAGAUCUUCAACAACCAGGAGUUCGCCGAGCUGCUGGCCCAAUCUGUUAACCACGGAUUUGAGGCUGUUUACGAGCUUACCAAAAUGUGCACCAUUCGCAUGAGUUUUGUAAAGGGUUGGGGCGCCGAGUACCACCGGCAGGAUGUCACUAGCACCCCCUGCUGGAUUGAGAUCCACUUGCAUGGCCCACUGCAGUGGCUGGAUAAGGUCCUGACCCAGAUGGGCUCUCCUCACAACCCCAUUUCAUCGGUGUCCUAAUCAGAACUGAGCCUGGGUGUAAGGGUGGGUGGGGGUGGGUUAAAUCAGAACACACACCCCCUGGGUAUCCACAGCAGUAGUUUGACUGAUAGGCAGGGGGUAGCUCAGGUGGGUGUUUGUACUCAACUUCAGAGGAUGCAUUAGACCAGUUCUAGAGGGCCAGGGUGUAUGUUGGUUUCUUGUUCUUAUCGCAGUCAAGUUGCUUCAACCAGUCCCUUUGUAAGCUUUAUGAAAACUGGUCCACACCCUGUCCCUCAAGAACAGGUCUGUGCUGCUCUGUUCUACUUGAAGGAGGUCUAACUAGGGCAUAUUGGGGUAAAAAGACUGACUGGGGAGUUUUCAGAGUUGAGUUGUUAUUUGGGAAUCUGGAAGAUACUUGAUUAAAAACUAAAUGUGUGACCAAGCGUAAUAAAAAAAAAUCAGACUAGCAUACUCAUUGCCAAGUAUCCUUCCUCUAGAAUCUUCUGGUGGCCUUCUUUUUGUUAUAGCAUUUGUUUACCUUUUUUCUGUCUUUUCUUCCGUUUCUCCUCCACCUUUUUAAGUUUACGUCACAGUAUUCCAUGUGGGAGCCCCUGGAGAGUUCCAUGGGGAGUUUGGGACAGUGGGUGGGGUGGGGGGAGGCAUUUUUUUAAUGUGUACAGACUCGUACAGAGUAGUGAGGGAGAUAUGGAGGGGUGUAUCAGUUGAAUAAAAACUGAAAAAAAAAAAUUAAAUUAAUGUUAAAAUGGAUUCAUCACUAGAUUUUAGAUUAGAUUGAGUUUACAUAUUCAGGUUAUUACAUAAACCAAUGCAACAGAUAAUUCUAGGUGGUUAUGUCAAGAUGGUGAGAGGAAUGUCACAGAGAUUGUUAAGUAAGUGACAGAAGGAAUUAGAGACACAUGAUCUGCUCUUUAAAGGACAUCCAAACAUGCAAUGGUGUGAUUUCCUGCCUACAGACAUCAGUGUGACUCGUCAUGGUGUACUCUUUUCAACAUACUAUUAUUGUGUCUGAGGGAAUGUGCAAGUUGGGAAGAGCCAUUUUUUUAUUCUGUCAUCGUUGUGCAUAAAACAUAAAUCAGCUUUUUGGAAGAUUGCCUCUAAAUUCCAAAUUCAUAUUGUUAAAUGUCCCUAAUUUUUCUGUAAAAGCGAAAAUAAUUGUGGUGGGUGGGGUUGUAGAUAUGAGUGGGUGGUCAUUCAAUUAACAUGUUUUGCUACAUGUUUCAGUUGUGUUCAAGGUGAGACAAAAGAUUUGGUUUUUAGAUACUCUCAUCCCCUAGACUAAGUGCUAUGCAGUCUUUAUCUUUCUUGCUUGUUUUAUCCAAGUUUGUUUGGUCACGUAAAGAAUAUUUUAAGCCAACCAUGUAUAAUUUUCUGGAGCAGCAGAAAAUACAACCAAGUCACUACUGACUUGCACAGUGAAUACCAUAAAGAUGCACUGCAUUUGUUUCUUUGACUGAAUCUGAUUUAGCUGAAACUAUGUACCCAUUUAAACAGUCAUGUUCUGCCUGAGCCUGUCCAGAUCAGUUCAUACUAGAAAAAGUCAACAUUUCAUAUCUGUGCUCUUGUGAGUUGCUGUGGGUUACGAAGUUGAUAUUUUCUAGUAAAUGCAAUCGAGAUAAUACUUAUUUCUUGUCCAUUGUUUAGGCAAACAGAAAUCCCAUCCGGUAUUAAUGUAAACAUUUUUGUAUUUUUGAGAUGUUUUACUGUUUUCUUUUUUAUAUGCACUUUCACAGAUGGCUCCUUUCUGCAUUUGUCUUGUUUGUCUCUUUUUUUAGCUGUUUUUGCUAGUAGUAUUCCCAGAAAGCAGUUUUAUUCCAUGAAUAUCAAGUCUACUGGAAGAUUCAAUAAAAACUGUUUCUUUAUUAA